UGGCUCUCACAAGUCUUAUCCGCUCACAAAUAUCCUAUUGCUAAUCAAAUCAAAAAUCUAUCUUGUCUCGUACCACAAUCUAGCGCUAGCAGAUCGCCUGAUCGCGUUUUGGAUUUUAUUUCUAAGCAAGGAACACGUAUCUGCUAUAUAAAUAUAAGUUUACUUCCGGUUUGUGAUGUCUGGAUCUUUCAAACCGCGAAAUAAAGGGAGCAACAUGUCUUCGGAUGCUCAGAAGAAGAGCGCGGCUACGAAUGGUGGAGUUGGUGCUUGGGUACAGAAAUGGCUUGUACGAUUAGGUGUACUUGCGUUCUUCGUACUUGCUGGGAGGUAUCUUGAUUCUAUCCGGCACCAAUUCUACGUCUUCGACCCCGUAUUCAUCAACGCAGUCGCUAAUUCCGCCGUAUCCACACACGGAGACAACAUGACCCUCAUAAUCCAACACAUCGUCUCAAACCUAACCACCGAAUAUCCUCAACUUCCACACAUCUCCUCCGGUCGGGGCGGUAAAUCCCUUGCACUCAAUUCCCGUACAGACGAAUGGGUAUUUAGCAACGCCGGGGGAGCGAUGGGCGCGAUGUACAUCAUCCACGCGAGUAUUACUGAGUAUCUUAUUGUUUUUGGUACGCCGUUGGGUACGGAGGGACAUUCGGGGUUACAUCCCUCGGAUGAUUAUUUUAAUAUCUUGCAUGGAGAGCAGUGGGCUUUUAAACCUGGAGCGUUGGAGAUGGAGGUGUAUAGACCGGGUGACGUACAUCAUUUGAAGAGAGGGGAGGUGAAGCAGUAUAAGAUGCAUAGAGGGUGUUUCGCGCUUGAACUUGCUCAGGGCUGGAUCCCGUUGAUGCUCCCGUUUGGCUUGGCAGAUGUCUUCACGUCGACACUCGACCUGCCGACGUUCUACGAAACGGCGCGUAUCACUGCCCGUGAGAUGUUUAACAACCUCCGUGUUGGGAAGAUCUAGCGACGAUUUGGAGUUUGGAGGAUAUUUUGGAUAUAUUUUCACAUAACUGCAACCACAUUACAUGAGUAACUGACUAUCGACCAUGAUGCUGUGAAUUUGUUAUAAUUUGCUUGGUUGAUUUAUUCAUACCCACAGCUUGUUUGGAUGUUAUAUUAUUAGUCUGAUUUUAUCGUACAAGUGUUGCUUGAGGAGAUAUUCAUGUAGAGACGC